AUGACUAUGCAACCCCCCUUCUUCAGGGCGCAGGCCAACAAAGCUGCACGCGAGGGAUACCCAUCGCCAGCGCCAGAAUCCGGAAACAACGACCAGACACAUGUAUCGUACGAUGACGAUGGCGAUGUCGAGUGGCAGAUUCUAGAGCGGGAAAUUCGCCAGGAAGUGUUUGAAGAGCCCACGCCCCGUGCUACUCCGCCCGACUCGCUGAAUACCCUAAGCCCGCCUCGUCUGCGACAUGAAGCAGAAGAGUUGCCUAAGCCACCGGACUCUGGUUCGCAGACAUGCCAAAAGUCGGACCCGCCGGCUACGCAGUCUGUGCGGCCUGCAAAGCCUGCAAAGCCUGCAAAGCCUACGCAGCCAAAGCGGUGUCUGUCCUGGCUCUCACGCUAUGUUGACCUCGAUCUCCGACCAAGAUCGUAUGCUGGCAAGAGGAGGAAGGUCCCUCGCUCGAACAAUGGCUGUCGACCUGGUGGAUACCUGCCGCUUCAUCCCUCGCCACUGGGAUUGUAUGACUCCGCCAGAGCACCGUCAAAGUUGGGACGUGUCGCAGUGCAGCUUGUCUCCCCACCGGCGCCGGAUCCAAAAACUCCUGCGACUAUUCCCAAGAUAUGCCUGCGAUAUCGUCGAUACUGGCUCGCUGGUGAAGGAAUUGUGCCUGACAAUGCUCAGUCUCGUUCUCAGAAUGGCUCUGCGUUGAAUGAGAGCCGAUUGUAUUGGCAUACUAUCCUGGCCGCACAUCGCAUGCUGUGUCCUCCAUCAUGGGACUUCAGUCGGUGCCUCACCAGCUUCACGAGCGCCAAGCGACUCCAAGAUUUGCCCCCAAAGGUUGUCGUCCGAAUCAUGGAGACAACCCUGGCGUGCUUGUCGUACCAGACCAUCUACCGUGGCAUCAUUGGCAACGCGAUCCUGCCAGAGAACUACGGCAUCGCCAUGGUGACACUACUCAUUCUGCUUCUGCCGUCGGAUGGCAUCAAUACUGGAAUUCAACAUAUCUUGCUCCUUGCGGCGCAACCCGACAAAAAGGGGGCGAUCCAAGAUCUCCUCCAUCCGCGCCUAUUGGGCGAUGCCGCUGUGAUGGCCGGCAAGGUCAAUACGCUGACAUACCACGCGCUGUAUUCUAUACUCGGAAGCGCACCACGGCGUCCCCCCUCUGUCGGAGCGUCUGCUGGCGGGUUUUGGUGCCGGUUCAAGCAGAACUUUGAGAACUCCUGGCGAAAGGAGCGUCGUGAUAGGGGAGUCAUCACUGCGCGAGAGCAAUACGUCAGGCGCCAGGCGAGCAGAGAGUUCUGGAAAUACCGAAAGAUGCGUGUCUACGAGGGGCAAGGGCAGAAGAGGCCUCUCCAUACCUUUGAGGCAUUCUCCACGCUUCAGCGCGGUUUCUGGCAAUACGAGCUCGUUGCUCGUGGUCAGAGCCUCCAUGCGCGCAGUCGGCUGAAAUGCAGCUCGAUCCCCUUUCUCCGCAACGAGGCGCAUAACCUGAAUGGAGAAGUACUGGCAUACGUCGGGGUUCUCAACGGUGCUUGCAUACAUGCCGCCGCACAGAACGACAAGAUGAUCCGGAACGAUGCUGAGAUGCAACGGAAGCUUGCGAAACUGGGCUUCACCACGUCCCUUGAUAAACUAGGCGUCCGCAUGUGGGCAUCCAUCCUGACAGGAAUAGGCCCGAGCAUCGGGUACGCGGAUGCGUGGAGGAUCAGGGCCAAGGCUGACAUUGUGACAAGGCUCUGGGUGGACACGCACAAUGGCAAGGCUGGACACUCGCGGUUCGAUCCGACGCACGGAUUCACCGACAACUGGUUCUUAGCAGCACCUAUCAUGAACUUUCGUGCUCCUUCGGGAUACCGCGACUGAAUGAGUUCUGUAGAGAAAUGAGGGGAAGCGGGUUGGGGAAGGGUAGCGCACAUCUGGGCUGUGCGAUCUGGUGGAAGCGACAUGCCGCUGAUGUUAUCUUUAUGGAUACGAAUAGCGUCUAUAUGAAAUAAGAAGCGUUGCUUUAGGUGAUUGCCCUUUGUUUUAAAUAUCUUGAACCUUGGCAAGUUGUGGUGCCAUCGCCAAGCCUAUUGUUGAC